AUGCACUGCGCCUUUUCAAUCUGGGCGGGCGCCUUUUGGCACCGCGAGCGGAAGGGCGCGGAGUUUGGUGCGGGACCAGGCGGGUUUGUGGGCGGCCCCGCUCGCUGCCCACUGCGGAACUGCGCGGCCAACACCGCCGUCCGGGUAACAGGUUGCCCCCAAUCAGGCGUGGGCGCGGGAGAGCGGCGGCCCUCCCGCCACGGGACCGGCCCGCCCCGAGCCGAGCCCCACCGCCCCGCGGUGCUCAGCCGGGCAGCGCUAGGGGGCGGCCCCGCCCGCGCCUGGUGGCAUCGGAGCGCCGGGCUGGAUACGCUGCCCGCGCCGCGCACGUGUAACCCGGCUGCGCUCCGCCUGGAGGGAAACAGCCCCAGCAAGACUUCGCGCUGA